ACAACUAUUCCUAAAUUUAAGACUGGGAGACCAGCUCUCAGAUUUCAUCUCUUCAUUCAAAAACUCUCUUUUAGGGAACAAAGGCUAGACCAAACGAGGCAUUUUUGCCUCGAAGCACGUAGCCGAAAAAACUAUAGGGUAAAUAGAAUUGAAUAACGCAUAUGGGAACUUCUUGUUUCAUAAUGAAUUGUGUGAGUAGUUUUUAGGAGGGAACGAUACUAGUCUUAUCACGUAGAUUUUCUCAGUUCCACAUAAGGUUAAGAAAGAACCCAACAUCUUCAGCGCCGCCCUUUGUGCGGCAACGACGAGCGCUCGCGUGACGUCAUUUUCUUAUCGACGGCAGAUUCGACAGAAGGAGAAACUUACAUCUCUAGAAGACAAAAACGUCCUCUGUGAAAACAACAACUUCUGCUACGUGGUCCGAACAACAAGGAGAAAGAAAUCACUACUGUUCUUCACUAUCUUUCUUUACGAUUCUUUAGAAAAAAAUAUAUUUUAGACUGUUCAAGUUGCAAGGAAAUAAUUACUCAUUUUAGAGCAUUCUUGAUAAGAAGACAAGUCUCUAAGAUUCUGAGGCCACCUACUGAGUUUAGACUGUUCCCAUUUAAGACAACUAUACAAGAAGAUCAACAAGAUGUCCAAACCCAAACCUAAAGUCGCACCGCAGUUCGCCAAUGAGGAGGAGCGAGCUGCCUA